GGACUUGUCAGGCUCCGAUGUUUCCCAGAGAAUGUAGAGAGUGCUAGUAGUAUGAACACCACGACUUUCUCUCCAGUGGACUGCACACAAGGUCUACUCAAGGAACACCCUUCUUGUUUGCCACUUUCCUUGAGGCGGACGGUUGUCCCUUUCGGUGGUGCAAGGAGAAGAUCGCUCCUCAGCAGCAGCAGGAUUAUUGUUCAAGCUGCCAGCUUCAGGCCAUGCAUUGAUAUACACCAGGGCAGGGUGAAGCAGAUUGUUGGGUCGUCCUUGAAAGACCUUGCUGCAGAGAGGGAGCAGUCGUCACAGGAUGCCUUGGUCGUCAAUUUUGACACGGAUCUUCGAUCCAGCUUCUUUGCCAAAUUGUACCAGAACAGUGACUUGAAAGGGGGUCAUGUCGUCAUGCUUGGCUCUGACCAAGCCAGCAGGUAUGCGGCGUAUGAAGCGCUCAUGGCAUAUCCUGGAGGCCUGCAGAUUGGGGGUGGAGUCACCACCGAUAAUGCCUUAGAGUACCUCAACGCAGGAGCCUCCCACGUCAUCGUCACAUCAUUUGUGUUCAGGGAAGGGCGCUUGGAAGAGGAGCGCCUACAAAGCUUGGUGAAGCUUGUGGGGAAGGAGCGUCUAGUUCUGGAUUUGAGCUGCAGGAAGCGCGAUGGGCAGUACUAUGUGGUCACUGACCGGUGGCAGCGCUUCAGCGAAUUAGCUGUGGACCAGCGGACGCUGAAUGACCUCGCGGGGAGCUGCGCAGAGUUUCUGGUGCAUGGGGUGGAUGUGGAGGGGAUGCAGCUGGGUGUAGACGAGGAGCUGGUGCAUCUGCUGGGCCAGGCUUCUCCCAUACCAGUCACCUACGCCGGUGGUGUGAGAUCUCUGGAUGAUCUGGAGCGGGUGAAGACGGCAGGGAGUGGGCGCGUGGACAUCACAGUCGGCAGUGCGCUGGACAUUUUUGGGGGGAAGCUGCCGUAUGGAGAAGUGCUGGCCUGGCACAAACAGCAGCAGUCCAGCCCACAGGGUGCAGACCGCGUUGCUGCCUGAUUAGCUGCUACUAUUUUAGCUCCGUGGUCGCAUUCCGUUUAUAGCUUGUACAGGAAUACACAAAAUGAAGUUUGCCAAUGCUCCAUGCGUGCUAUCUCUCUGUUGCUUCAGCACUGCAAUUUUUGCACUGUCCUGGGAGUGCAAAUAGGGGGAGGGGAGUGGCAGGGGUCGAGUCAAGCAUCUGGGCACAGUAUGAGGCCGUUACAUUGGCAGAAACCUGGACCCAGAGGGUGGGCAUAUGUAGUGAGUAAGUACGGUGAUCUGGCAUAUUUUGAGUCGAAACCUUUCAAUCUUCAAUCUUUGGCAGCUGAU